CUGUGAUGUCAGAUGGUGGUUUAGAGUUUGAGGCUAAAUUUACAAACAGUAAAAGAGAGAGAGGAAAGAGGGAUGAGCAUUCAACAAAUUUUCUAAACAUACUUCAUGACUUCAUUGUGACUAAGUGUGGGGGACCAGACAGGAUUUGCGGGACCUCCAGAUUGGUGCUGAAUCCUUCAGCUACUAUCUCCAUUUUUUGAAGUUUAUCAAUGGAGUCUUUCUCUGCUGAGACCAAUUCAACGGGCUUACCCUCACAGCCUUGGGAUGAACCCCAUGUGGUUCUCUCCAUGGUCAUUCUCAGUCUCACUUUUUUGUUGGGAUUGCCAGGCAACGGGCUGGUGUUGUGGGUGGCUGGCCUGAAGAUGCAGCGGACGGUGAACACAGUUUGGUUCCUCCAUCUCACCCUGGCAGACUUUCUCUGCUGCCUCUCCUUGCCCUUCUCCCUGGCUCAUCUGGCUCUCCAGGGACACUGGCCCUAUGGCUGGUUCCUAUGCAAGCUCAUCCCCUCCGUCAUCGUCCUCAACAUGUUUGCCAGCGUCUUCCUGCUCACUGCCAUUAGCCUGGACCGUUGUCUUUUGGUACUCAAGCCAAUCUGGUGCCAGAAUCAUCGCAGUGUGCGAACAGCUUUCAGUAUCUGUGGAUGUAUCUGGCUGGUGGCUUUUGUAAUGUGUAUACCUGUGUUUGUGUACCGGGAAACAUUCACUAUAGACAACCAAAAUAUAUGUGGCUACAGUUUCAAUCUCCCCAGCCCAUUAGAUUAUCCAGAAGACACUUUUGAUCCAGAUCUCCCGGAAUACAGGUCUCUUGACAACAACUCCAUUGUUCAGCAGCCUGGAGAAAUGGACGAUAGGUUAGAUCCUUCCUCUUUCCAAACAAAUGGUCAUCCUUGGACAGCCACCACUGUCCUCCAAUCUCAAACAUUUCAAAGACCUUCUGGAGAUCCACUCCCUAUGGAUUCUGCUACAUUAACUAGUCAACAUUUGUAUUAUAAUGUAUAUAAACCUGCUGAUGUGGGCUCACCUACAAUCUCCCAUGGAUUUCCCAUUGCAGAUCACAGAACUAACCCACCGGAUAACUCUGACACUUUUCUCUCUACUGAUUCAGAGCUUUUCCCUACUGCUUCUAGCAAUUCCUUGUACGAGUCUAAGUUAUCACAAGAUUUCCAGGAUUACAAUUUCAGCCAAUUGACAUAUGACAAUCACGUGUCAAAACCCAUGGUGGCAAUAACCAUCACUAGGCUAGUGGUGGGUUUCCUGCUGCCUUUUAUUUUCAUGGUGACCUGUUACAGUCUCAUUGUCUUCCGAAUACAACAGGGUCGCUUCGCCAAGUCUCGGAAGAAAACCUUUCGAGUGGCCGUGGUGGUGGUGGCUGUCUUUCUCAUCUGCUGGGCUCCGUACCACAUUGUUGGAGUCCUGUUAUUGUUUAUUGACCAAGAAACUCCCUUUGGGGAAGCUCUGAUGUCCUGGGACCAUGUGUCCAUUGCUCUAGCAUCUGCCAACAGUUGCUUCAAUCCCUUCCUUUACGCCCUCUUGGGGAAAGAUUUUAGGAAGAAAGCACGGCAGUCCAUUCAGAGCAUUCUGGAGGCAGCCUUCAGCGAGGAGGAGCUCUCACACUCUACCAGCUCUCCCCCAAGCAAAGCCUUUCCAGAAAGAAAUAGUAUCAGUACAACUGUGUGAAAAUAUGGAGCAGCCAACCUUAGCAGAUUUCCUAGGUGUUCACUCAACACGUUUCCAAAGGAUGAAGGAUAUGCUGAGCAGAGGACUUCAGAACUCACUGAAGAAUCAAUCCAGUGGUUCUCAAAGUGCGGUCAUAGGCCACUGACAUCAGCGUCACCUGGAAACUUGUUAGAAAUGCAAAUUCUCAAGUCCUAUCCCAGUCUUGCUGAAUCCAAAUCUCUGGGAGGUGGGGCCCAGCAAGUGUUUUAACAAGCCGUCUUGUUUCUGAUUAACGCCAAACUUGAGAAUCAUUGUAAAAAACUAGUCUAUUUCUAUCACAAACUAACCCACGUGAGAUAGAUGAGAAUCUAGUCUGUUUUUAAAUGUUUCCAUCAUAUAAUUUUUUUCUUGUUCUGAGUGAAAGAUGAUCAUUUUUUCUACAGUUUUGUUAUUGUGUUGGUGUUGAUGGUUUUAAAUGAAAAGAAGGUGGAAAAAGAAAAAAGCCUUUGAAAACAGGGAGCUAUGACAUGGAGUCUGGAGCUAAGGACAAUACCAAACGCCUGCCACCGGAAACACCCCUGGGUACAGGACGCAGGAAUUCGGGGUUUCCACUGUUACAACUAAAUGAGCAUCUAUUGUAUAAAAACGGACUACUAAUACAUCUAAAAACUUACUCAUGAAACAUUACAUAUGCUGUGGUUUGAAGAGCUAUUUGUUUAUUCUGUCAGCCUACUGGUAGAGCUAUCUAUCUGCAUUCCUUUUCUUAUGCUUCUUAAUUCCCUUAUUCCUCCCCUGCUCCAAAUCUUCCACAUCUUCCAAAUCUUUCACAAGAUUCUAGUUAUUCCCUUCCUCUUGCUUCAAAGCGAUACUUUCCAAGAGACCCAUUGCCCAUGGAAAGAGAAGGAAGGUGGAGGAUAGAGCAGCAACUCAACUCUCUGCAAGAUGACUGAGUACCAUGCCAGUCACAGUGUCACAUUUUUAAAAACAUGACUGCAGGUAUCUUUUAUGCCAAGAUUUCCAGAUAUAUCUUUUGGUAUUUUAAAAAUUAAUCAUUAUCUUUACGAAAGUAAUAUAUGUACAUCACUUUAAAAGAAUCCAAGGCUUGUAAGGAAAUAUAAGAGGGCUCCCACCCCCACUCUGAUGUCCCAGAGAUAACUCUUGCAACAAUUUUAGAUGUUUUUUCUGAUAUUUACCAUGAUGAGUCUAAAUCAUGUGCUUAUGCUAUUUUUUGUAGACAUGAUAAAAUGCCUUCCUGUUUUAAAAGAUUUUUAUCCAAACAUCUCCAUAUUUUUAAAUUGUUCAUCCGGCACCUCAACAUUAAGAACCAUCAUAUUUUAAUUUGUUCAUGACUACGUAUUUUUCUUCUACUUUAUCUACAUAUUCCAAUCAUUUUUAUAGCUUUCCUUCUGUCCUUCAUUCAUUUAAAAAUAAUUAUCCAACUCCCCACCACCUUCUCAUUUUUCUCUGUGUAUAAACUUUUAUGUGUUAAACCUCUGAAAUUUCACACACAACAUAGCCUCAUUUAAGCUGAAUACAAUGAUUUAAUCUAAAAAAUAGAAAAUGAGAUGUUUUAGACUUGCAAGAAAUUAUUAUUUGUUCAAUGGUUGAGGUAAGAGUCUGGACUAAAAAUGUGUCAUAAAGUACCAUGCAGAAAAAUUUUAAAUCACUGGAUUCUUUCAGUUGUGAGGUAAUAGUGUCUGACAUAAGAUUUGCAGUGCUACCUUUCCAAUUUAACUUGCUUAUAAAUUUGAUGUGAAUAAAUGCCUUUUCUUUCCAUG